CUAGUGCCUUGGGUCUCGUUUGUAAAAACUAAUCAGCCUUGUAAUAUCUGACCGAUCAAACCAAACUAUUGGAGUUCUCCCGUGAAAGAGCUAUUUUCGUCAUUUUCGUUAAGGUUUCACAAUGAGGCUAGCAGUGGCAUUAUUAAGAAAAAAGAUGCCCAAUGGAAACAUCUGGACUGGGAAACAUCGGCUGCCCCACCGUGUACAAGACGCCCAUCUCGACCGUAUGCAGCGGCGGUUAGCGAUCGAAGAGAGGAAUAUGCUUCUGUUGAGGAAUCCUUAUCUCACCUUGGAGCAGUCGGCUGGCAUCGGAGCGGCGCUCAACAAGCGGGAGAACUGGCUGGACGAGAAGAAGCUGCUGUCGGCGAUGGUGCUCAAAGGACGCACGAAGCCCAUGAACCAUGUGCGGAUAGAGGACCGGUUCAGGGUGCUCUACAACAGUGACGGGUGGGAAUAGAUAGCAGUGUGGCCGCUAGGGGCGCUCGAGUCGUCAGUGAUCGAACAGGAGUCAUGAAUACUGUGAACGGAAUGCGUGGCGUGGGUAACUUGCUAUAGUCACAGUCACAACUCGCAUUGUGACUGGUUGGAACUGUAAGUAUGGGAUUUGAUGGAAGAGGUUUGAUGUGAGAAAUGGUAUACGAGUACCUACUUUGGCUUUAUUGACGAGUCAAUUCAGAGUAUUCAAUAAUUGUUCUGUGUAGUGUGUGUGUGUCAGAGACAAACUCUCUUGUAUUUGAUCGUGCCUAUGUUGGAUAAUACAGACAAAAGGUGUGCUA